AUGGUCCCAUUCCCAGAUGCCCCCAUCAGCUCUGUGGCCCUUCGCCAGUCAGGAGGCUACGUCGCCACCAUUGGAACAAAGUUCUGUGCUUUGAACUGGGAAGAUCAGUCGGUGGCUGUCCUGGCCACAGUAGAUAAAGAUAAGAAAAACAAUCGAUUCAAUGAUGGGAAGGUGGAUCCCGCUGGGAGAUACUUUGCUGGCACCAUGGCCGAGGAAACGGCCCCAGCAGUUCUGGAGCGGCACCAGGGCUCCCUGUACUCGCUCUUUCCUGACCACCACGUGGAAAAGUACUUUGACCAGGUGGACAUCUCCAACGGUUUGGAUUGGUCCCUGGACCACAAAAUCUUCUAUUACAUUGACAGCCUGUCCUACUCCGUGGAUGCCUUUGACUACGACCUGCAGACAGGAAAGAUCUCCAACCGCAGAAGUGUGUAUAAGCUGGAGAAAGAGGAACAAAUUCCGGAUGGAAUGUGUAUUGAUGCUGAGGGGAAGCUCUGGGUGGCCUGUUACAAUGGAGGAAGAGUGAUUCGUUUAGAUCCUGAGACAGGGAAAAGACUCCAAACUGUGAAGUUGCCUGUUGAUAAAACAACAUCAUGCUGCUUCGGAGGGAAGGACUACUCUGAAAUGUACGUGACAUGUGCCCGGGAUGGAAUGGACGCGGAGAAACUUCUGCAGCAGCCUCAGGCUGGUGGGAUCUUCAAGAUAACUGGCCUGGGAGUCAAAGGAAUUCCUCCCUAUCCCUACGCAGGAUGA